AUGAGUCUCAAACAAGAGUAUUCACAAUACUUGAUAGCUUUGGAAAGUUGCAGAGUGGGUGUCCCCUUCCUCCACCUUAUUGAACAAAAAGUGGCUGAUUUAAAACAAGCCAAAGAUUAUGUAUCGAACGAUACAAAAUAUGUUGAACUGUCUAAAUCUACCGUCUGUAUGAUAAGUAAAGACUGGAUUCAAUUUCCACAACUCAGAUAUGCAAUUCCACAACUUUUUUCUGGAGCGGUGAUUAUAUAUGAAUAUGCAGCACUAUUGGUAAAUGGCUUGGAGCCCUAUGGUAGGCUUCGAAUUGUUGAUGCUCAUUUCGAAAGAAGAACCAAGUCAACCUUAAGCCAGUCAUCCUUCCCUAAAAAAGAAACGAAGUACGGAUGGAUUACAACCGCUGCUGUUGAAGAAGACAAUAUAACCAAACUAAAAAUUGGCCUUUUGACAUUUAACUUGGUUAAUUACUUCCAGUUUAAGAAUCGAUAA